AAUCUUUUUAGACAGAGACGAAAUGUAGACAUGAUAUUGGAGGCGAUGUUCAGUCCCUGGCUCAUACUCGGCAUUCUAUAUUCCUGCUUCCCGAGUGUAACUGCGUAUGUAACAUGUCAAAGCAAUUACGAGGAUGCAUUUAAAAAGAAAGAAACAUAUUAUUGUAAUGACGCGGAAGUGUGUUGCAGCAGUUCAAAGAAAUGGUUCGGGUGCUGUCCCCGAGACAGCAGCGUGCUAGAAACUCCAAUAUCCAUUAGGCUGGUCCUGGUAAUAGUUGGGGUGCUGUUGGCAGUGAUGUUACUAGUCCUGAUGUGUUACUGCAAGUGUAAGAAGCGAAGAAAACAUUCAGCGCACGACAGGGAGAGAUUUGCGGACGGAAGGAAAGCUAACCAUGAUGUGAGCAACUCUCCCAUGAUGCCCACAGCACCUCCUAUAACUAUGAGGGACCUUCCCCCCGCUUAUGAGGACAUCGCCCUUCAACACCCCCAAAAUCACCACCAAAACCUCUUCCUUUUGGAGCAGCAGGAGUCCGCUGUUGAUUCUACUUUCCUAGUCGUCUGCACAUAACACUUUGUGGAUAUAUCCGCGUGAAUACCUUACAAGACAUAUUUAUGUGGAUCAUAAUUCUGGGGAUCGGAAUUAUGGGGGAACGAAAAUAUGGGGAUUUUUUUCAGAAAUCCCCAAAUUUCGUACCCCAAAUUAAAUUGUCGCAUUUUCACGCUAAAUUAUUUCAGAGAAAUCAAAAUCAGUUUUUGAUGGAAUUUUUAAAAAUCGUGAAAAACUAAAUUAAUUAAAAAUCAUUCUCUUCGUUUAAAUCGUCUUCAACGUCGUCUCUUUCACCUUGAGUCUGCUCACCGGUGUAGUCCCAGGUGUAUGGCUCCCUCAACAGGAGUUUGAGCUUGUCAAUUAAGUAAAAAACCAGUUAUACUUUCUAUUCAGUAAUUUUUAUACUAAGUAACUUUCUAUUUACCUGAGAAAUGCGUAUCCUUGUCUCACAAAACACGUAAAACAACUUAUUUGACAAAUUCACCUCAAAUUCACCCUAUUUAAGCCAAUCACAUAAAAAUUUAAUUUGUGGGAUUUUGAAAUGGCGGCCACAAUUUUGGUAGUACGAAAAUAUGGGGAUUUUUCCCAAAAAUCCCCAAAUUUCGUUCCAUAUAAAUAUGUCUCGUAAAGUAUUCUAUUUAUAUUUGAUUUUUGUUGAAACUUCGUAUUUUGUUUGCUGUACUUGGGGUACAAUGUUUGGGUAUAUUAGUCUGACACGUGAUCAAUUAAGUCUAUAGUACAGUUCUAUUACAUCAGAUACCAAUAAUUUAUGACUGUAGAGCUUACUGAGGAGCAAUAUUUUGGAAAACGUUUUUCUGAGAGGAAUUAAAUACAACCG